CGACGCACAGGGUCCGGCCCGGGAACUCCGCCCCGCGCGGCAGCCGGACCUCAGUUCCCCCGGGCCCCGGCCGGGCGGCGGCCAUGGCCUCGGCGGCUGUGGAGAGCUUCGUGACUAAGCAGUUGGACCUGCUGGAGCUCGAGAGAGACGCGGAGGUCGAGGAGCGCAGGUCUUGGCAGGAAAACAUCUCCCCGAAAGAACUCCAGAGCCGAGGCGUGUGUUUGCUGAGGCUGCAGGUGUCCAGCCAGCGGACGGGGCUCUACGGGCGGCUGCUGGUCACCUUGGAGCCCAGGAGAUGUGUGGCGGCCGCGGUGCUUCCCAGCAACAGCUUUACAUCAGGCGAUAUAGUGGGUCUGUACGACGAAGGGAGUCAGCUGGCCACGGGGAUCCUGACCCGGAUCACGCAGAGAUCGGUCACGGUUGCCUUUGACGAGUCCCAUGACUUCCGGCUGAGCUUGGACAGGGAGCAGACCUACAGACUGUUAAAACUGGCCAAUGAUGUCACUUACAAGCGACUGAAAAAGGCUCUGAUCACACUAAAGAAGUACCACUCUGGCCCCGCGUGCUCACUCAUAGACGUUCUCUUUGGCGGCUCCGCCCCCAGUCCUGCCAGUGAGAUCCAGCCGCUGCCGUUCUGUAACCCUUGCCUGGAUGCCUCCCAGAAGGAAGCCGUCUCCUUCGCGCUGUCCCAGAAGGAGCUUGCCAUCAUCCAUGGGCCUCCUGGCACCGGGAAGACCACCACCGUGGUCGAGAUCAUUCUUCAGGCUGUGAGGCAGGGCUUAAAGGUUCUGUGCUGUGCUCCCUCCAACGUCGCCGUGGACAACCUGGUGGAGCGUCUGGCCCGCAGCAAGCAGAGGAUCGUGCGCCUUGGGCACCCUGCCCGCCUGCUGGACUCUAUUCAGCAGCAUUCCCUCGACGCGGUGUUAGCGCGGAGUGACAGCGCCCAGAUUGUCGCAGACAUCAGGAGGGACAUCGAUCAGGCCUUCGCGAAGAGCAGGCGGACCCAGGAGAAGAGAGACAAGAGCAGCGCUUGCAGUGAGAUCAAGCUGUUGAGGAAGGAGCUGAAGGAGAGGGAGGAGGCCGCGAUGCUGGAGAGCCUCAGGUCGGCGGCGGUGGUGCUGGCGACAAACACAGGUGCCUCUUCUGACGGCCCUCUGAGGCUGCUGCCCGACGGCCACUUUGACGUGGUGGUCAUCGACGAGUGCGCGCAGGCCCUGGAAGCCAGCUGCUGGAUCCCGCUGCUGAAGGCCAGGAGGUGCGUCCUGGCCGGCGAUCACAAGCAGCUGCCCCCCACCACCGUCUCUCACAAGGCCGCGCUGGCGGGGCUGUCGCGGAGCCUGAUGGAGCGGCUGGCGGACGAGCUCGGCGCACAGGUGGUGCGGACGCUCACGGUGCAGUACCGCAUGCACCAAGCCAUCAUGCGCUGGGCCUCGGACGCCCUCUACAGCGGGCAGCUCACCGCCCACCCUGCCGUGGCGGGGCACCUCCUGCGGGACCUCCCAGGGGUGACUGCCACGGAGGAGACGAGCGUCCCCCUGCUGCUCGUGGACACGGCCGGCUGCGGGCUCUUUGAGCUGGAAGAAGAGGACGACCAGUCUAAAGGGAACCCCGGGGAAGUACGCCUCGCCAGUCUGCACAUCCAGGCCCUGGUGGACGCUGGUGUCCAAGCGAGUGACAUCGCCGUCAUCACGCCGUACAACCUCCAGGUGGACCUGCUCAGGCAGAGCCUUGCCCAUAGGUACCCCGAGCUUGAAAUUAAGUCUGUCGAUGGCUUCCAAGGCCGAGAGAAGGAAGCUGUGGUCCUGUCCUUCGUCAGAUCCAAUAGGAAAGGCGACGUGGGCUUCCUCGCUGAGGACCGGCGGAUCAACGUUGCGGUCACCCGUGCUCGGCGCCACGUGGCGGUUGUGUGCGAUUCUCGCACCGUCAGCAACCACACCUUCCUGAAGACCCUGCUGGGGCACUUCAUGGAGCACGGGGAGGUGCGCACGGCCUUUGAGUAUCUUGACGACAUUGUCCCUGAAAACUACUCCCACGAGAGUUCCCAGGGCCACAGCCAAGCUGGGGCAAAGCCCCACGGCUCCGCGGUGUCAGCCAGGAAGCCUCCUGGAGGCCGGCCGCGGGACAGGACCCGGGAGACAAGAGCAGCCACGGGGCUGGAGUGGAAGAGGACGGGUGGGAGACCCUCCGGCCCUGAGGUCCCUUCUCAGCCCAGCCUCAAUGGAGGCAGCCUAGAGGGACCGGCGACCAGAGACCGUGCAGAGCAUUUCCGGGCCAAGAUCGCCGAGUUUGUGGCGAGCGAGAAAACUCAACUGGAGUUUCCUGCUUCCCUGAACUCCCACGACCGGAUGUGGGUCCACCAAAUAGCUGAAGAGCACGGCCUGAGACACGAUAGCUCCGGGCAAGGGAAGAAGAGGUUCAUCACCGUAAGCAAGAGCGCCUGGCCAGCCCCGCCAGCCCCGCCAGUCCCACCGCCUCCAGCAGGGGCCAGCAGCCAUACCCCUGCGGGUCCUACGGCCCCCGGCCCCACCCAGACCGAGCCCCCUGCUGGGGGGCAGAGCAGCCAGGACACCCUGAAUCUGAAGGCCCUGCACCUGGAAAGGCUGCAGAGAGCAAAGAGCAAACAGGAGCCGCCCACCACGGACGGGGCCGCCACGGAUGGGGCCACCAAGGACAGGGCCGCCAGGGACGGGGCCGGCACGGAUGGGCAGCAAGCCUCGCGCUCUGGGCUGCGCAUGUUACCAGAGAAGAAGAAGAAGAAAGAAGCAAAAGGAAACACGGCCAUGGAUUUGCCUGGCAAGGAGGACUUCGAGGCCCUGGUCGCGGCUGCCAUCAAGGCUGAUAACACCUGUGGCCUCGCUAAGUGCACAGCCAGCGUGGCAACCCUGGGCCAGCUCUGUCUGCACUGCGGCCGCCGGUUCUGCCUCAGCCACCACCUGCCCGAGAUCCAUGGCUGUGGGGAGAGGGCUCGUGCCCACGCCCGGCAGAGGAUCAGCCGGGAGGGAGUCCUCUACGCCGGCAGUGGGACCAAGGACAGGCCCCUGGACCCCGCCAAGAGGGCCCAGCUGCAGAGGAGGCUGGACAAGAAGCUGGAUGAGCUGAGCCGCCAGAGGAAGAGUAAACGGAAGGAGAAGGAGAAGUGA